CCGGCGCCCAGCCGGGACCGGAAGUCGGGCACCGGGGCGCCGGAAGAGUGGCGGUGCCCGGGACAAAGAGGGAGGUCAUGGCGGGGAAAGCGGAUGAUUCCCUACUCUUCUCGGGCCAGAGUGAGGAGGAUGAGGACCAGGCUCUGUACGAGCGCAUCCUGCUGCAGGCUACGCAGAAGAUCUUCAAUGCCCGCUCUCCCAUGCCUGACUCAAAACAGAUAAGACCCCAACCAGGUUUCUGCAUCAAGACCCGCUCCCCACAGGGGAAAGUCUUUAUUAACGUCUGCCGUUCCCCUUCCAUCCCACCCCCGGCCGACCUGACUGAGCAGGAGCUGCUGUGUGUCAUCGAGGACGACCAGACAGCCUUCCGGAUCCCCAUGAGCCUGGGGGAGCCACACGCUGAGCUGGACAAAAGUGGGCAAGGGUGCACGGCGUACGACGUGGCAAUCAACAGCGACUUCUACGAGAAGCUGCGGACCAACGACUUCUUUCUCGAGUUCUUCGUCACCGUCGCCCUGGAGGGGCUGAGCAGCAAGUACGGGGUGGAGCUGAGCAGCGAGUGGCGCCUCCUGAAGCAUCGGCCCUUCCUCGGCUCCAUCUCGGAGCAGAGCAUCCGGACCCAAAACCGUCCGGGGAUCCAGGAGCUGGCAAGCCCCGAAGCUCCGGCUCUGACCCUGUGGCUGGAGCCGCCCAGUCUCAUGACGGCAGAGAUCGCUCUGCCCAAACUGGACUCAGCUCGCUCCCUGGCCCUGAGCCUGGGCGAGGAUCGGCUCGUAUUGGCCGGCGCCGACUCCCCUUACCGGCUCGACGUGUACGUGCCCCAUAACGUGGUCCAGGAGCGGAGCCGGGCGGCCUUCAACCGGGACAGCAAGAUCCUGACGGUCACCAUGCCCCUGCAGACCCCCUGCCGCUGAGCUCCGGGACUCCCGGCCACCCUGGAGAUGGGAGUCCGGGAGAGGCCGCGCUCUCUCCCAGUGUGUGUGUGCAAAUAAAAGACUUGAACCUGAA